AUGGACCCUCAGCAGCGAAUCUGUCUUGAAGUUGCCUGGGAGGCAUUGGAGCAUGCCGGUAUCUCCCCCAACGACAUUGCCGGUAGCGACGCAGCCGUCUUGAUGGGUGUCAACUCAGACGACUAUGGCCGCCUCAUGCUCGAAGAUUUGCCCGGAAUUGAAGCUUGGAUGGGUGUUGGCUCUUCUUUCUGUGGUGUCCCCAACCGUAUCUCAUACCUCCUCGACCUCCACGGAAAUUCCAUUGCCUUAGAUGCUGCCUGCGCCUCCUCCCUCAUCGCCAUCCACCACGCAAAGCAACUUCUCGAGAACUACGAAUCCGAGGUUGCGGUCGUCGGUGGUGUCAACGCCAUGUGCGGACCUGGUCUCAUCCGUGUUCUCGACGUUGCCGGUGCUACAUCGCCUGAAGGCCGUUGCAGAUCUUUCGAUGCUGAAGCCAGGGGAUACGGCCGCGGCGAAGGUGCCGCUGUUGUCAUCAUGAAGCGUGUCGAGGACGCCAUCCGCGAUGGUGAUCAGAUCCUCUCUGUCGUCAAGGGUACUGCCGUCGGGCAGGAUGGCCGAACCAACGGCAUCAUGCAGCCGAACCCCCAAGCACAGGCGGAGGUCUACAAGAAGGCGCUCAGCGCUGCCGGGUUCGACGCUAGCACAAUUGAUUUCGUCGAGGCUCACGCUACUUCCACCCGUGUCGGCGAUCCUAAGGAAGUUUCCGCUAUCACAUCUGUCUACGGAUCUGCCGCCGGCCGCACUGCUGAGAACCCAUGUUACAUUGGCUCCGUGAAACCUAACGUCGGCCAUCUUGAAGCUGGUGCCGGUGUUGCCGGCGUCAUCAAGGCAACCCUCGCCCUUCACUACCGCCAACUACCCCCACAAGCUAACCUUCAGACCUUGAACCCUGCUGUCGAUUGGGCCAGCAGCGGCCUGCAAGUUGUUCGUGAUGCCAGACCCUGGCCUCGCCCAGACCAGAAACUCAGGGCUGGUGUCUGUUCAUACGGAUACGGAGGUAGCAUCUCCCAUUUAGUGUUGGAGGAGGCUCCUUCCAGGGAGGCUCUCAAGGAAGAGAACAACGGCCCUGUGAUUCUCACGCUCUCUGGUCCAGGAGAAAAGUGGUACAAGGGUCAAGCUGCCAAGCUCGCAGAAUGGUUAAAGACCGAAGGCGCAAAGAUCCCUCUAUCCGCCAUUGCCACCACUCUUUCUACCCGUCGCGCCCACCACCACGUCCGUGCUUCGAUAGUGGCCGAGAACCACGAGGGUGCCAUCGCCAGUCUCGAAAAACUUUCCCGGGGGAUCGAUGACUUAACCAUCAUCAAGGCCCGCACCGUCUCUGGAAACACCAAUAACGACGUCGUUUGGGUAUUCUCCGGCCAUGGCGCUCAAUACCCAUCCAUGGGAGUCGAACUCCUCAAGACUGAACCCGAAUUUGCGAAGGUCAUUGACACCCUUGAAUCCACUUACCAAGAGACUUUGGGCUUCUCUCCAAGACAAGCACUCGAGACCGGUGAUUUCGAGACCACUGAUAAAAUCCAGGCAUUAACUUUCGCUAUGCACGUUGGUCUUGCCGCAGUCCUCAAAUCCCGUGGUAUCAAGCCUGCUGCCAUCAUUGGUCAUUCGGUUGGUGAGAUCGCCGCUGCCGUCACCACCGGUGCUCUGACUCUUCUUGAGGGUGCUCGUGUUGCUAGUAUCAGGGCUAGUCUAUAUGGGCGCCCAGAUGUUGCCGGUAAAGGCGCAAUGAUCUUGGUGGAUAUUCCUUUUGAGGAUGUUGAGAAGGAUUGUGCGUCUCGCAAGGAUAUCAAUGCCUCCAUCCACGCCUCGCCAACAUCUACUGUUGUCUCUGGAACUCCGGAAGCCAUCAAGGAGUACUCCGACUACCUUGCCACCCAGCAGCAGCAAGUCCGCGUCGUCAAAUCCGAUGUUGCCUUCCACAGCCCCCUCCUUACUUUCCUCGGUCCAGCUCUUACUAGACUUCUCGGAGACACUAUCUCUCCCAAACAGGCCGAUAUCAAGUUGUACUCCACAUCGGAUCUCGAUGCUCGCACAGAUAAGCUGCGCAACUGCGAUUACUGGAUCAACAACAUGCUUGGUCCUGUCUGGCUUACUUCUGCCGUAAAGGCCGCUGCGGAGGACGGAUAUAAGGUCUUCUUGGAGGUCUCCGCCCACCCGUUGGUAUCUCACUCAAUCAACGAGACUCUCAUGGAAAUUGGUGAGGAUGAGUCUGUCGUUAUCCCCACUAUCCGCCGCAACCACCCUGCUUGGGAGGGAAUCAACACCGCCUUGGGUCGCCUCCACGCCAACGGUGCCGUCGUUGACUUCAAGAAGUUUGUCGGAAAGACCUGGGUCCCUAGCCUCCCUCUUACCGUUUGGCAGCACGAGAAAUACUGGCAUGAGGUCACCCUAGACGGCACUCCCGGUGUCAGCGGCAGCGUUGAGUCCCUCGCCCACAGCCUCCACUGGACCGCCGCCCAACUUGACAGCACCCCCGCUCCUCUCAAUAAUGUCGUCUUCGUUGCCAACAAAGACCACUCCCUCCUUGGUCCCUUCAAGAAGACCCUCACUAAGCGUGGUCUCGGUGUUAAGGUCAUUGAGAGCCCUAGCGAAAUCGAAUCACACUCUGAUGUCCUCCACAAGACUGGAACCGUUGUUAUCGUCCUCCCCGAUGAGCUCGAAGAUAUCGAGAGACUCCCCCAAACCAACUUUGCCAAUACCCUCAAGCUCCUCGAAAUCACCAAGCGUCUCAACACUUUCAACUCCUCCGCCAAGCUCUGGGUCAUCACUGAGGAAGCCCAGAACGCAAAGAACGAAUACUCUCUUGCCGCUGCCUCGAUGUUAGGUCUCGCCCGUAUUAUUGCCUCUGAGCAACCUGACUUGUGGGGUGGUUUGGUUGAUAUCGACGAGCCUGCCUUCCCCUUCCAGGUCCUCAAGUUCAUCCGCAAGGCGGGUGUGGUGAUCGUCCGUGACGGUGUCAGCAAGAUUCCCCGUCUCCGCGCCCUCCCUAAGGCCUCCCUUACUCCUGGAAGCGACCUGAAGUCUGCCGUCAAGAUCCGACCCGACGGAACAUACCUCAUCACCGGUGGUCUCGGUGUGUUAGGUCUCGAAGUUGCCAGCUGGCUGGCCGAAAAGGGUGCCCGCCGUCUUGUCCUCCUCUCCCGCAAGGGCCUACCCCUCAGAUCCACCUGGUCCAGCGCUACCAGCGGCCCCAACGCCGGUAUCAUCAACAAGGUCAAGACCAUUGAAGCUCUGGGAGUCGCCGUCAACACUGUUUCUUUGGAUCUCGGCAAGCCCGGCGCUGAUGAGGAUCUCAAGAAGGCUCUCGAUAACUUGUCUCUUCCUCCCGUCACUGGUGUCGUCCAUGCCGCGGGUGUCAUGGAAGACGCUUUUACCCACGAAGCCACCGAACAAUCCUUCAAGAACGUCCUCACCCCCAAGGUUGAUGGGUCAUGGGCUCUUCACAACGCCUUCCCCGUCGGAACCCUCGACUUCUUUGCCCUCUUCUCUUCUUGCGGUCAACUCUUCGGCUUCCCCGGGCAGGGCGCAUAUGCCUCUGGUAACGCCUUCCUGGACGCCCUCGCCAACUACCGUCGCAAUUCUGGCGAUAACACCCUCUCACUCAUGUGGACUGCUUGGAGCGGCCUUGGUAUGUCUGCCUCUACCUCCGCUGACUAUAUCGAUGCCGAGAUGGAGUCCAAGGGCAUAACCUCUGUCACCCGUGACGAAGCGUUCCGCGCCUGGGAGUACGCUGCCAAGUAUGAUGUUCCUCAGGUCGUUGUUGUUCGGUCUCUGCCUAUCGACGAGGGCGCUACCCCCGCGGUUCCUAUCCUCAACGAUAUCGUUGCCCGCCGCCCAGCGCCCGAAGUCGACUCUGAGGACGAGGAGAAUAGUGAAUAUGAAGAAUCAGCCCCUGCCGCCACCACCCCAUCAAACCCCGCCGACCUCAAGAAGCACCUCGAGGCAACAAUCAAGGCUAACGUCGCAUCAGUCCUUCGCCUCUCCUCCCCUGAUGAUGUUGACACCCACCGCCCGCUCUCCGAGCUCGGAAUGGACUCGGUUAUGACUGUCGGUCUCCGAAAACAAUUCAAGGACACCUUUAAAGUUACCAUCCCACCCACCCUUAUUUGGGCCCACCCAACCGUCGCACAUUUGACCAAAUGGUUCGCAGAAAACGCUAAAGUAUCCGCACCCUCCGCCGCUGCCACCACCUCCAGCGCGCCCAAGAAAUCAAAGGCCCCCAAGAAGUCCACCCCCAGCAGCUCCGGUAACGCCCUCCCCUCGAACCCAGUAGACUUGAAGAAGCGCCUCGAGCAGAUGAUCAAGGCCGACGUCGCCUCGGUCCUCCGCCUCUCCUCCCCCGAUGACGUGGACACCCACCGCCCUCUCUCCGAGCUCGGAAUGGACUCGGUCAUGACCGUCGGCCUGCGCAAGCAAUUCAAGGACACCUUCAAAGUCACCAUCCCACCAACCUUGAUCUGGGCUCACCCAACCGUCGCUCAUCUAACCAAAUGGUUCACCGAGAACGUGAAGCCCACCUCCUCCGCUGCCGCCGCCGCCGCUCCCCCAACCAAGAAGUCCAAGUCAACCAAGAAAUCGAGCACCUCCCCCACGGGCCUCUCCCUCCCCACCAACCCAGCGGAGCUGAAGAAGCACCUAGAGAAGCAAAUCAAGGCCGACGUCGCCUCGGUCCUCCGCUUGUCCUCCCCCGACGACGUCGACCCUCAUAGACCCCUCUCCGAGCUCGGCAUGGACUCGGUCAUGACUGUCGGCCUGCGCAAGCAGUUCAAGGACACCUUCAAAGUCACCAUCCCCCCCACCCUGAUCUGGGCUCACCCGACUGUUUCGCACCUUUGCAAGUGGUUCGCUGAGAACGUGGCUAAAUAAAUAAGUUUUUUCUUUCUUGUCCGGGGGGGAUGGUUAUUAUUGGGUGGGCGGGUGGGUAGGGUAAGGUGAGAUGAACGCGGGAUAGCAGAUGGGAAAAUAGAGAUGGGAUGAUGGAAAGCGCGAGGAAGUUGAAUGGAUGUGUGGAGUAUAGAGAGAGAAAGGGGUUCAUAUAUGUCGUAGUCUGUGAUUUCCAUUUCGCUCUCUUUUUUCUUUUUACUUUUAAUUCUUCUUCUCCUCCUUUCCGUCCCUUCCAUCUUCCUUGAUGAUUCUUGUUGUGUUGUCAUUGUUUUUCUCAGGAUGAAAAGUACGAUUAUGUCCGCGCGUUCAUGAUGGUGAUGUCUCUUUUGUUGUUUAUCGUUUGGUAUGUUUCCCGUUUUUCAUCUAUCCAAAAUGUUCUUUAUUUCUUUUUCUCUUCUUCUUCUUGUCGAUUCCCUUUCUUUCCUUCUUUUUGUCUAUUUUCUCUCCCUUCUCCAUUUGAUAGAUAUGAAA